ACGAAGAGGGGAGGCUGCGUGGUUCUAAUCGGGCGUCGCGUGGGCCAAUUUGCAGUUGCCACUGGUACGUCACAAUGGCAAAUUUUUUAUGUCAAGAUAUAGGACCAUGGUAUUUUCAAAAAAUGUAUGCAAGAUAUUGGAAACAUUACAGUGAAGCUAUGGAGUGGAUGUAUAGACAUAAAAAUGCUUAUAGGAAGGCCAUGGAAUCACUGUAUAAUCCAUCACUUCAUCCUUCCAAGCAACAUCAACGUUAUUCUGACUGGGAUGAAAAUGUUCCAGGGAGAACUGGUCCAUCUUCUUUCUCCACCUCAGACAGCAAACCACGGUAUCCUCCAAGGCCUCCGGAUGACCUGCAUUAUGUCAGAAAAAGGAGAGCAGAAGAGAAAGAUUGUGAAACAGAUUCAGAAUCUGAAGGUGAAGAGGACAUAGAAUGUGACCUCGACAACAUGGAAAUCACAGAAGAGCUCCGUCAUUAUUUUGAGCAGACUGAGAGACACCAGGAAGAACUACGGAAACAGAAACAGCUGGAGGCAGAACACCAAGAGAUAUAUGUGGAAGCUGACCACAACCUUCACUUGUCCACAAGCCGGUCAUCACAGCCCCCUGCUGAGAAGCCCGGGGAGAGAAGAAUGGCUGAAAUGAGAAAGCUCUAUGGCAAAGGUGCCAACAAAAUACAAGCAAUGGAGACCACCAUGCAACUCAACUUUGAUAGGAAUUGUGACACAAAACAGCCCAAGUACUGGCCAAUUAUUUCUCUGAAACUCUGAGUUAUGUGCCUCUUUCCUUUUUUUGGAGAUUCAGAGUUGUAUAUCCUGAUGUUCAACCAAGUAGAAGGAUUAAGGGAAUGAAUGAAGAGUCAGCAAAAGACCUUUUUAAUUUUCCUUUCCCCUUUCCAGCACAACUUUGAAUUUGUCUGCCAAUUUCCAGAGUCUAUUCCAACUCAACAGGAAAAGCUGAAUCAGUCAUUUGUACAGGGGAUAAGGAAAAAUCUCUUUUAAAGGGUAUUUCAACUAAUUUAAUCUUGGCAUGUGUUAGCCUUGUAGGAAAUGAUGUAACAUUUGUUUUUGUUCAGUUGAGUUAGGGAAAAGGCUAAAAACUAUCAAAAUUCAAAUAUUUUUUAAAAUUGUUUUUAGUGCUAUGCAGGUUUUGCUGUAGAACUUUAAAUGCAGCUAUUUUUUGCAACCAUUUAUUUUCUAGGAGGCACCUAUAUUAAUUAGACAAAAUAUCUUAAAUUACUGUAAUUCGGGUUUUGAGAUUGGGUUGAACUGUAUGUAGAGAAAGUUUCUCCAAAAUGAAAAGUUCAGCUUUAGGAUUUCAAGUCAGAAGCAAGCAUUGUUUACUUUCACAGAACUAACAGAACAAAAAAACCCAAGCAGAUUAAAAUAAACAUUUUUAUUUAUUUUGAAGUUGUAUUUAACCAAUCAGGAAGAAAAAUAAAUUAGGCAUGGGGUGGAGAAGGAAAGGGGUCAUAUGUGUGUGCAUGUGAUUCUCAUCAUAGAUAUAGUGGAACAAAGUUUUAAUUCUAAUCAAGCCACAUUCAUUUCCCCUCCAUGGCUACUGACUUUUCUCUCUUGUCUUACUUAGCUGUAGAAACUCAAAAUCCAUUUUUAGAAAAGUGGUUCAAAACUAACAUUCCUGUUAACUGAGAAAGAGGCAGUUAUACAUAUGCAUAAAUAAAUAUGCUGGCUGAUAUUAAGGGCCUUGUGAAUAUACAUGUUAGA